AUGACACUAAAUGAGGAGUGCUCAGCCAUUCUUCAAAACAAGCUGCCAAUAAAGAGGCGUGAUCUAGGGAGUUUCACUAUUUCCUGUUUGAGUGAGCCAAAACCUACUAGGAUAAGCAUACAGUUACUAGAUAGGGCUGUGAAUUUUCCUAGGAGAAUAGUUGAGAAUGUACUUGUUAAAGUAGACAAGUUUAUAUUUCCUAUUGAUUUUGUUGUUAUGGAUAUGGAGGGUGAGAGUAGCGUACCUUUAAUCCUAGGUAGACCUUUCCUUGCAACAUCUAGGGCUGUUAUAGAUAUGUGUGAUGGGAAUUUACAGCUUAGAGUAGGUGAUGAGACUAUUACCUUUGACCUUAGCACUUCGAUGCAACAUGAUAAUGUUGUAUAUUCUGUGGAUGUUUUGGAUAAUAUUGUGGAGUCUCAAUUACAUGAGAUAUUACUUGAUGAUCCUUUGCAAGUGGCAUUACAGGCUGAGGAUGAGGAGGAGUUGUCAAACGAGGAUGUGUUGGAACAACUUGCUUGUUGCUGGCUAGCGAGCCCAGCAGGUUGUGCCCAAGAAGGGAGGUAUGAUGGUGGUCAAGAAUAA